AUGGGUGGUAAAUUUAUGGGUGUUUGGGCAGUUCAAAACCAAGGUUGGAGGAAAGGUCCAUGGACUCCUGAAGAAGAUAAACUUCUUAUUGAAUAUGUUAACUUGCAUGGGGAAGGAAGAUGGAGUUCUGUUUCUCGUUGUGCUGGAUUGAAUAGGAGCGGUAAGAGUUGCAGGUUAAGAUGGGUGAAUUAUUUAAGGCCAGGACUUAAGAGAGGGCAAAUAACUCCUCAAGAAGAAGGCAUAAUUAUUGAGUUACAUUCCAUUUGGGGUAACAAAUGGUCCACAAUAGCAAGAUAUUUACCAGGAAGAACCGACAACGAGAUCAAAAAUUAUUGGCGAACUCAUUUCAAGAAGAAGGAAAGAUCUCGGAAAGUAUCAAAAUCUCAAAAACUAAAACCAAAACCACCAAAAGAAGAACCAAUUAUAGAUCAACCAACACAAGUUCAAACACAAGAACAAGAUAACAACCAAGUUGUACCAUCUCAAGAUCAUACUUAUAACAAUAAUAAUAAGCAAGAAGUUAUGUUCAUGCAUCCAAACAACAUCAUUAUUGAAGAGCAAAACUUGAUGAUGAUCACAACACCUUCAUGGAUUGAUUCCACGUGUCACGAUCAAGAUGGUUCAUGGUGGGGAAGCCUAUGGAAUUUUGGUGAUCUAAUGCAACAAGAUAACAAUAAUCAAUAUUGUAGCAAAAUGGCAUUAUCACUUCAAAACCAAGCUAAUUAUAAUACUACUAAUAAUAAUACUCCUAAUAUAAAUAACACUAAUAAUAAUAGUUAUGGAUUUUCAUGGGAAGGGGAUUUAAAUAAUAUUUAUUAUGAAGGGUAUAUUUUUUAG